GCUUGUAAAUACUACAGUUCCCAGUGGCAUGUUGUGAACUACAAAUAUGAACAGUAUUCAGAAGACUUUCGACACUUACCACAAAAUGAAUGUAGACCAGAGAAACUGCCGUCACAUUCCUUUGAAAUCGAUCAUGAAGAUGUGGAUAAGGAUGAAGAUACAACAUCCCACUCAUCUUCAAAAGGUGGUGGAGGUGGAGGAGGAGGAGGAUUAGCAGCAGGAGUUUACAAGUCUGGAUGGCUUUAUAAAGGGAAUUUCAACAGCACUGUAAACAAUAGCAUUACUGUUCGGUCAUUCAAAAAGCGCUACUUCCAGCUGACACAGUUGUCGGAUAACUCAUAUAUUAUGAAUUUUUAUAAAGAUGAAAAAAUAUCAAAGGAGCCAAAGGGAUGUAUUUUCUUGGAUUCUUGUACAGGAGUCAUACAGAAUAACAGGCUUAGGAAACAUGCCUUUGAGUUGAAAAUGAAUGACCUCACAUACUUUGUGCUGGCAGCUGAAAAUGAACAGGAUAUGGAUGACUGGAUUUUCACUCUCAACAAAAUCCUACAAAUAAAUCCAGAGGGAACCAUUCAGGAGAGGAAAAGUGCAGAUCUCACUGAUCUGAAACUUGACCCCCCUGAAGUUUUGGUGAAUUACGAUUGCUCUCAAGAAGAGACUGAUUCAUCAGAAAACACCUUGCACCCAGACUUCGCAAAAUACAUCACAGAAACAGAAGAAACAGUGAAAGCCUCUCGAAAUACAGAGCGACUAAAUCUUUUCUCUUUGGAUCCUGAUAUAGCAUCAUUGAAUCCUCAGAAAAAGGAGUUUCCAGGGGCAAACUCGGUGAUCAAGCCAUUUGAAGAAAAGCCUGCAAAGAGGAUCCUGAUAACUUGCAAAUCCCUCAGUUUGAAUCUCCAGGCCUGUGUUACUGAAAAUGAAAAUGAUCCUUCAACCAAUGUAGAGCCUUUCUUUGUGAGCGUGGCACUGUAUGAUGUCAGGGAUGGCAGGAAGAUCUCUGCUGAUUUUCACGUGGAUUUGAACCACACGCUCGUUAGACAGAUGAUUUCAGGUUCCUCAUUUUCAUUAGAAAAUGGCACUGUUGAAAAUAUGGACUCAAAUGAAACGGAAGAACCACAGAUCAAGGGGUUCCCAGAAGAAUGGCUGAAAUACCCAAAACAGGCUCUUUUCUCGAUAAGUAAUCCACAUUCUGAGAUCGUAUUAGUGGCAAAAAUAGAAAAGGUGCUUACAGGAAACAUUGCCAGCAGUGCUGAACCUUACAUUAAGAAUCCUGAUUCUUUUAAGUGUGCACAGAAAGUGUUAAAAUCCAAUAAACAGUUCUGCAGCAAGUUGGGAAAAUACCGUAUGCCAUUUGCUUGGUCAGUGAGACCAGUGUUUAAAGAUAAUCAGGGAAAUGUUGACAGAGACUCCCGAUUCUCACCUUUGUUCAGGCAAGAAAGUAAUAAGAUUUCCAUGGAAGAUUUGAUUAAACUAAUAGCAGAAUAUAGAAGAGCAGAGAAGAUUAGCAAAAUACAGACUAUACCUGGCUGCUUGGAGAUUUCAGUUGAUUGUGUUCCUUUGGAACAUCCAAACUGUGUAACUUCGUCUUUUAUUCCAAUCAAGCCAUUUAAUGACAUAAAGGAGCAUCAACCUACUGUGGAAAUUGAGGAGUUUGUACAGGAAUCAACAAAAUAUUCUCGACCUUACAGAGUAUACAAGAACCAAAUAUACAUAUAUCCAAAACACCUCAAAUAUGACAGCCAAAAAUACUUCAACAAGGCACGGAAUAUAACAGUGUGCAUUGAAUUUAAAAGCUCUGAUGAAGAAGGAGCGAAGCCACUGAAGUGUAUUUAUGGGAAGCCAGGUGGACCAUUAUUUACAACGGCAGCCUACACCGCUGUGCUGCAUCAUUCCCAGAAUCCUGAUUUCUAUGAUGAGGUGAAAAUUGAACUUCCCACUCAACUCCAUAAGAAACACCACAUUCUGUUUUCAUUUUAUCAUGUCACCUGUGACAUAAAUGCAAAAGCUAAUGCCAAAAAGAAAGAGGCUCUGGAAACACCAGUGGGAUACGCAUGGCUUCCUUUGUUGAAAGAUGCCCAGUUAGCUUCCCAAGAACACAACGUGCCAGUGGCAAGCAGUCUGCCUCCCAAUUAUUUGAGCCUUCAAGAACCAACUAGUGGAAAGCAGAUCGGCUGUGAUGUAAAAUGGGUAGAUAGUGGGAAACCACUUUUCAAAGUCUCUACUUUUGUUGUAUCGACAGUAAAUACUCAGGAUCCAUACCUGAAUAACUUUUUCCAUCAGUGCCAAGAAAGGGAAAAGGAUCUAUCCCAGCCUCCUACCUCAAACUUUAUCAAUUGUUGUAAGAAUUUGCUGAGGAUUGAGAAGAUCCAUGUAAUUAUGAAUUUUCUUCCUGUAGUCCUGAAUCAGCUCUUCUGGGUUUUGGUGCAAAACAGUGAUGAUGAGGUUACAACAGCUGUGACCAGGGUUCUUACUAACAUUGUUGCCAAGUGCCAUGAAGAACAACUAGACAACUGCAUUAAUUCUUACGUGACGUAUGUGUUUAGGACCAAAUCAUUUGAAGAAAGGACUGUUCACGAGGAGCUGGCCAAGAAUAUGACUGGUCUUCUGAAGUUAAAUGACCAAGUAACAGUGAAACAGGUUUUAAAGCAUUCCUGGUUCUUCUUUGCAGUUAUCUUAAAAUCAAUGGCACAGCACUUGGUUGAUACAAACAAAACAAAGGUUUCUCGAACUCAGAGGUUUCCAGAAUCAUUUCAAACUGAGCUGGAUGCACUUGUGAUGAUUUUAGCAGACCAUGUCGUUUGGAAGUACAAAGAUGCUCUCGAAGAAACCAGGAAUGCAAACUACAGCACUGCCAAAUUUCUUAAGCGCUGUUUUACAUUUAUGGAUCGUGGAUUUGUGUUCAAGAUGGUCAACAAUUAUAUAAGUAUGUUUGGAACAGGAGAUAGCAAGACUUUACAUCAGUUCAAAUUUGACUUUCUCCAAGAAGUCUGUCACCAUGAGCACUUUAUCCCUCUGUGCCUGCCCAUACGGUCUUCAAACAUUCCUGACCCUGUGACGCCUUCAGAAUCAACACAGGAAUACCGAACAUCAGAUAUUCCAGAGUACACAUUGACCAAUGAAUUUUGCCGUAAACAUUUUCUAAUUGGAGUACUGCUGCGGGAGGUUGGGUUUGCCUUGCAAGAAGACCAGGAUAUUAGACACUUAGCUUUGGCUGUGCUUAAAAACUUAAUGGCAAAGCAUUCAUUUGAUGAUCGAUACGCAGAGCCGGCAAAACAGGCACAAAUAGCAAACCUGUACAUGCCACUCUAUGGAAUGCUUUUGGACAAUAUGCCAAGGAUUUACAUGAAGGAUAUGUUCCUUUUCAAUAUUAAUACUUCCAAUCAGGGAUCUAGGGAUGACUUGAGCACAGCCGGAGGAUUUCAGAGCCAGACAGCAAUGAAACAUGCAAACUCUGUGGACACAUCCUUUUCCAAAGAUGUUCUGAACUCUAUAGCAGCCUUUUCAUCAAUAGCUAUCUCUGCAGCAAACCAUGCUGACUCCAGAGCUUCCUUAGCAAGUCUUGAAUCUAACCCAAGUACCAAUGAAAAAAACAGUGAGAGAACUGACACGUGUGAAAAGAUCAUGAGACCUUUGUCUUUGAUUGGAUCAACUCUUCGUUUUGACAAAUUGGAUCAAGCUGAAACUAGAAGCCUUCUUAUGUGUUUCCUUCACAUUAUGAAAACCAUUUCAGAAGACGCACUGAUUUCCUACUGGUUGCGAGCACCGUUCUCAGAAAUAACGGACUUUUUCAGCAUUUUAGAGGUUUGUCUGCAAAAUUUCAGGUAUCUAGGAAAACGCAAUAUUGUAAGGAAAAUUGCUGCUGCUUUUAAGUUUGUUCAGGCCACCCAGAAUAAUGGAACCCUUAAAGGUUCGAACUCCUCUGGCCAGGCGUCGGGUCUGCUCUCGCAAUGGAUGCAUUCUACUUCUAGUCAUGAUGGCCACAAGCAUCACAGAUCUCAAACAUUACCAAUAAUCCGUGGCAAAAAUGCACUUUCUAACCCCAAACUCCUGCAGAUGAUAGACAGCAAUACAGCAAGUAACUCCAGUGAAACGGACAUUGUACAGUACGUAGACACAGAGGCAAACAUUGCCACAGAAGUUUCCCUCACAAUCCUUGACCUGUUGUGUCUUUACACUCUGAAUCACCAGAGGCAGCUCCAGCAAUCUGAUUGCCAGAAUGCAUUGAUGAAGAAAGUGUUUGACACACACAUGCUCUUUUUGCAAAUCAACCAGUCAGCAGCAGCUCUCAAGCACGUCUUUGCUGCCCUACGGCUGUUUGUAGGCAAGUUCCCAUCAGCAUUCUUCCAAGGACAAGCAGAUCUCUGCGGUUCACUCUGCUAUGAAAUCCUGAAGUGCUGUAACCAUAGGUCACGUUCGACUCAGACAGAGGCAUCUGCUCUUCUUUAUUUUUUCAUGAGAAAGAACUUUGAAUUUAACAAGCAGAAAUCAAUAGUCAGAUCCCAUCUACAGCUCAUCAAAGCAGUGAGCCAGCUGAUAGCAGAUGCAGGGAUUGGCGGAUCUCGUUUUCAACAUUCACUUGCAAUUAUAAAUAAUUUUGCCAAUGGAGACAAGCAGAUGAAAAACGUUAAUUUCCCAGCAGAGGUGAAGGAUCUGACCAAACGCAUCAGAACAGUUUUAAUGGCCACAGCUCAGAUGAAGGAGCAUGAGAAAGACCCUGAGAUGCUCGUGGAUCUGCAGUACAGCCUAGCAAAUUCAUAUGCCAGCACACCUGAAUUACGUAGGACGUGGCUUGAAAGCAUGGCCAAGAUUCAUGCAAGAAAUGGAGAUUUAUCAGAGGCUGCUAUGUGCUACAUUCAUAUCGCUGCUCUCAUUGCGGAAUACCUGAAAAGAAAGGGUUACUGGAAAAUGGAAAAGAUUUGUACCUCACGUAUGCUCCUGGAAGAUGGUCAAGUCUCUGAUAGUAAUGUGUUACUAACAACUCACAAUGGAGGAAGCUUAUUUUCCAUGGGAUGGCCUGCUUUUCUGAGCAUUACCCCCAACAUUAAAGAAGAAGGUGCUAUGAAGGAAGACUCUGGGAUGCAAGACACUCCCUAUAAUGAGAAUAUUCUUGUGGAGCAGCUGGAGUUGUGUGUUGAAUACCUGUGGAAGUCUGAGAGAUAUGAGCUUAUUGCUGAGGUUAACAAGCCUAUCAUUGCUGUUUUUGAGAAGCAGAGGGACUUUAAAAGACUGUCUGAUUUGUACUACGACAUCCACCGCUCAUACCUGAAGGUUGCAGAAGUAGUGAACUCCGAGAAACGUCUCUUUGGGCGAUAUUACCGUGUUGCAUUUUAUGGGCAGGCUGUGGGAUUUUUUGAAGAGGAGGAAGGUAAAGAGUAUAUCUACAAAGAACCCAAAUUAACCGGCUUGUCUGAGAUCUCACAAAGACUGAUGAAACUUUAUGCAGACAAGUUUGGAAUAGAUAACGUGAAGAUCAUCCAGGAUUCCAACAAGGUGAACCCCAAAGACCUGGAUCCAAAAUAUGCUUAUAUCCAGGUGACGUAUGUCACACCUUUCUUUGAAGAGAAGGAAGCUGAAGAUCGAAAGACCGACUUUGAAAUGCAUCACAACAUCAAUCGUUUUGUGUUUGAAACACCUUUCACACUCUCAGGAAAAAAGCACGGAGGUGUAGAAGAGCAGUGCAAGAGGCGCACAAUCCUGACAACCAGUCACUUGUUUCCAUACGUGAAGAAGCGUAUUCAAGUAAUAAGCCAAACCAGCACAGAGCUGAACCCUAUCGAAGUAGCGAUUGAUGAGAUGUCCAAAAAAGUCUCAGAGCUCAAUCAGCUUUGCACAAUGGAAGAAGUGGACAUGAUCCGACUGCAGCUCAAACUCCAAGGAAGUGUCAGUGUCAAGGUAAAUGCUGGACCAAUGGCCUAUGCUCGAGCUUUUCUUGAAGAGACAAAUGCUAAGAGAUAUCCUGAUAAUCAAGUUAAGCUUCUGAAGGAAAUCUUCAGGCAAUUUGCAGAAGCGUGUGGGCAUGCUCUUGAUGUCAACGAACGCCUUAUUAAGGAGGACCAAUUUGAAUAUCAGGGAGAGAUGAAGUCUCAUUAUAAGGAUAUGCUCAGCGAGCUGUCUGCAGUUAUGAAUGAACAGAUUGCGUACAAGGAGGACUCGGCAAAACAGCAAGGAAUGGAGCGCACUUAUUCACGAGUCAUCAAUAGAGCCAGCUCGUCUGCGCCAGCAGCAACCACCCCGGCAAAUCCUGAUGCUUGACUGCAGCGUGGGGAACACGCGGCCUCGGGAAGACCUGGGGUGGCUGGGGCGGUUUCUGUUUGGGGUUUUUUUUUUCCCUUUUAGAUUAAUAGUACUGAAAAUUAAUUUGAUCAUGGACAACGCCAGGAAAAGGAUUUGUGGGUUAUGAUUUUAAUUUAUUGGAAAUCUUCACAGUGUUAUUUUUUAAAACUGCAAGCUUGAUAUUUUUUUUAUUUUUUUUUGGCCUGCCCCAAUAUUUGCACAUUCCCUUUUUUUUGUUGUCAGUUUUUGGGUUUGAGCAGCCUUUAUUAAACCAGGCUGAUUAUGAAAUUCCCAUUGGACAGAUAGGUACACAGCAAACCCUAAGUUUGCUAUAAAUUAUAAUAUAUCUAAUACUAAGUUCUAGUAUACAUAUAUUUUAAAGGUCAGAGUGGAUGUUUUAUAACAUUUAAGUAUAUUGCAAUUGUAAAUAGAAGAUGUGUAAAAUAUGUCAGUUUUUACAAAAUUUAAAAAAUAUCUUUUUAGUUAAUUAUGACAGUACUAAGAAUAUGGAUAACAUUUCAGUUACCAUUAUAUUAAAAUAUUUGUGUAUG